AUUCCGACUUUCCGUCAGUCGCAGUUUAAGCUUUGCACCAGCUGCAUCGUCUCUGUUCCUCGCGUGCAAUUCUAAUCGCUCCUCUUUGUGCACUUAUCGAGCUCUCAGCGUAGUCAGUUUAAUGUCAGUAGUGUCUCUCAAAGUCGAUGGAUAUGAAGUCAAAAUGCAAUACGGAUUCGAAUUCGGAUACAAACCAGAAUAUCUCCGGAAAUCGAGAAGUAACGAGCGAAAGAUCCAGGGCUCGACUCAUGAUGCAAUAUCCAAACAUCGAUAUACAAGAGGGAAGAAGACUCCGUAGCGUGCGAAGAAGACUUUUUCAAGACGAAGACGAUGAUAACGAAACGGAAUCGGUACGAAAUUCUGGUGUCGAGGACAACUGUUUUUUUGAAGAGACACGAAAAAAUCGAGAAAACGCUAAGGAAAGGUGGAAUUUCGACUUCGAGAAAGAAGAACCUCUACCUGGUCGUUAUGUAUGGGUGAAACUUGACCAGCACGGAAAUGAAAUCUGUAAUCCGUUAGAGGCAAAAAAUCGAAUAGAAAAUUUACAAACGAUGCAAGAAGAAGACGUGCAAGACGAUGACAUUACGAUGCAGGACCACGUGGAAGGCAAAGAUAACGAAAAAAUGACUGAUAGUACGUGAACGUACGUAAUUACAAAAUACUUUGCUCAUGCUGACUUUUUUGCUGAUGCAAAAAGUUCCUUUUUGUCAAUGGAACCAGAAAACAAGUUUUGUACUAUGAAGUUGACUAAAUUGGAAUAAGUAAAGUUCGGAUAAAAAUUGCGAAGUUAUUGAUCGCAAAAAACACUGAUUCGACUUCUAGUCAGAAUAGACACGAUUUAGUGUCUGAGGAGCUAGUAAACCAAAGUUAAUUUUUUUAUUUAAAUUAUUAAAAAUUCUCACUCGUAACGACAAUUCGACAAUCGAACGUUCGAGAUCAUUUGUCGUGAUAUUUGUUAUUGUAUUAUUUAUCUUGAUUUUAUUCCAUUUUACAUGAUUAUUUAAUAUUGUUAUAUAUGUGAUUAGUAAACGAAUGAUAUUAUAAUGUGGAUAAAUUAUACAGAUGA